UGUUGCUGUAAAGUUUGGGAACCUCUGGGUUAGGGACAGCUUCAAGGUGAAGAUGCUGGUUGGGUUUGGGGCCCAAGAUUCUGGGGAGCCACAUUUUCUGCCUGCAACCCAGUGUACUCUCUGGUACUGUUGAGGCACAGGACAUAAUGCAUUUAGAACACCAUUCACUGGAUAGAUUGCAUUUACUAUCCAAUUAUAAAGGCUAGGCCAUAAACCUCAAUACAUAAAAUUAAAGUGACAUUUAUGCCUCGUCCCCCAUUUGGACUUUUCAACAUGCAUUUAAUUUGAAUAAAAUGCGCAACGAUGUUCUGGUAUCUGUGACAUAACCAAUCAGGCUUUAAGGUCACUGGCUCGGCUGGCACUACACUACAGUGUCGCUGAACGGAUGAUCUCAGAAAUUUAAGCCCGCAGCCGGUCACUUGGAGACGCAGAGAAAGCCGUAAACUAGCAAGGUAACACUAUACCACACAUGGGAUAUCUUUGCCAUCCACCGUCACACAAUGAGAUGUAGCCAGCCUCGUUUGAUACUACAGUUAUUCUCAUAACAUUUCCCUAAACAUUUGAAAAAGUCGUGAAAAAGCCGUGCGCAAUGGCGAAUCGUCAGAAGAAGCUUAUAUUUACAUUCGGAGGAAUUCUGUGUUUCGGCUGCGUAAUGAUGGUGGCAGCUGCGAUGGGGACCCGAUUUUGGGUGAAGGCGACUAUUCUGUGUAUCACAGGUGUUGAGUUGGUGAACCAAUCGCAGCCAGAGCUUGAUAAAUUUAUUGGCAAUGUGAGUUAUGGACUUUUCCAUGGAGUGCGAGUGAAACAGUGUGGACUGGGUGGUAGACCAUUUCGCUUUUCAUUUUUUCCAGACCUGUUGGACGACAUCCCUGUGAACCUGCACAUCAGCGUGAUCUUCUUCUGUGGUGUCCUCAUCCUCUUCUCCUGCAUCUGCACGGCCUUCUUCAUGUACAACGCCUUCGGACACCCCUACGAGACCCUGCACGGACCCCUGGGACUCUACCUCUGGAACUUCAUCAGCUGUUUCUGCAGCUGCCUGGUGAUGAUCCUGUUCGCCUCAGAGGUGAAGAUCCAACGCCUGUCUGAGCGCAUCGCCAACUUCCGGGAGGACCGGUUCCGCUACGAUACGUACUCGGAGCAGUACGACCGCUCCUAUUGGCUCAUCUCCUUCACCUUCCUCGUCCACGGCUUCAACAUCCUGCUCAUCCGAUUGGCUGGCUUCGAGUUCCCCUUCCAGGACGCCAAAGAGCAUGAACUAAUUUAUUGACAUUGAUUCUGUAAUUUGAACUGUACAUUCAAAUCUAUAAGUAGAAAGUAGCAGCUCACAAAAAUGACAACCAAGUGAAUGGAUUUUUGAUCAAAAGCACGCCUUCAGAGAACUACACUUAAGGCAUAAUGUAGCUCCAGACGAUUAUUAUGAAGCAAGGCGGAACCCAACCAUCUGGCGAGAGUCAGGGUCACUCACCCGGGCCUGAUAAAAAGAGGGCACUGUGUGUACAAACAAUAGGUCUAUUAAAGUUCAAGAGAGUCCUUGUGCACAAGCCUUCAGUAAUGCAGGUGUGAGGCAGGAGAAGGUGAACAAUGAAGACAUUUCUGAAGACACCGCACACUGCUUACUGAUGUUUUACUUAACGGUACUUUAUUUUCUAGAGCGAUCAGGUCUAUAUGCUACUUGUAAGAAAUUAAGUUAAUCAAUUUCCCAAUAAAGGGAUGUUUCAAUCAAUGCAAGGAAAUGGAAAAG